AUGCGGUAUUCGCCGAUCCUCGUCUUUGCCGCGGUCCUGCUGGCCCCCGUCUCUGCCGCGGCGUCGUCGUACAGCGCGGUAAAGGCCGUCCGUCUCAGCGUCGACGGGCGUACCGACAACCCCCUGGGCCUCGGAAACACGCGUCCUGUCCUUGGCUGGCAGAUGAUGCAGGCCCGCGACUGCGCCGAGCCCCUGUGCCCGGCGGACCGGCAGACAGCCUACAGAAUCCAGGCCGCUGCCACCGUCGCGGACCUGCAGACGGGCAGGCUGGUUUGGGACAGUGGAAAGGUGGGCAGUGACUUGCAACAGGUGCCCUUUGGGAUUGAACUCGGCUCCCGCGACACUGUCGUCUGGCGAGUGCGAGUCUGGGACGCCCGCAGCGAACCCUCGGACUGGUCGACGUCUUCGUCAUGGACCAUGGGCCUGCUUGACCAAGCCGACUGGGGCGACGCGCGUUGGAUCGACUAUCCCGGCCGCACUGAGAACCAGCCAUUGCCGCUCUUAGCCCGCCAGUUCAACAUCCCCAGGGGCAAGAAGGUCGUCGAUGCUCGCCUCUACCUGUCUGGAGUCGGGAUGCACCACGCCACUGUGAACGGAGAGGAGAUAACUGACGAGGUCCUCACUCCGGGCUACUCGAACUACCAGCUCUCCAGCGAAUACCGCACAUACGAUGUCAAGAAGGCGCUUCGCUCCGGCGCCAAUGCCAUCGGCGUCAGCCUCGGAUACGGCCCGGCCUACGUACGCCGGAGCGUCAAGAACGCUGCCGUCGGCCGCAACUCGCCCUACGCGUGGUGGGAGAGCCAGCUCAAGGGCAAUGGCACCCUCGUCGCCGACACGCCGGCCGGCAGCACGACGGUGCAGCUCAGUAAUACUACUGGGUACCAUGUAGGCGGCACCAUCAACAUCGACACGGGUGGAGGCGGUGAUAAGCUCGAAUCACGCAAGAUCACCGCCAUUGGCACCACCACCAUCACCUUUACACCUGGACUCAAACUAGCACACGCAGCCAAGGCCCAGGUCACCGGCUCAGGUAACAACAUAGCCGCCAGCGACGCAUCAGCCGGUGCCGCCGUCACUCCUCGCCUCAUCGGCCGUCUCGAGGUCAUCUACAUCGACGGCAGUGCAACGACCAUCGUCACCGACCGCUCCUGGCGCACCAGGCUCGGCCCGCUGGUCACCAACGGGUGGUACUCCGGCUCCGACUACGACGCCCGCCGUGAACAAGCCGGCUGGGACGGCCCUAACGCUGAUCUCAGCUCGCAUCUUGGCUGGGUCGCAGCCGGCCUUGCGCCGCCGCCCAACCUCGCUACGAAGCUGGUCGCCCGCGCCGCCGAGCCCGUCAAGAUCCAGGAGCGCUUCACGCCGGUGUCGGUCACGAACCCGGCCCCCGGGACUUGGGUGUUCGACUUUGGCCAGAACAUAGCCGGUUGGCCGCUCCUCAAACUCCCCAAGCUGCCGGCCGGCAUCACCGUCAGGAUGGCACCCGCCGAGUCCCUCGCAGCCAACGGCACCGUUGACCAAACGUCGCUGGGUGCGUCGCAGGGUGCUGGAUCUCGCGGCACCGACAUAUUCAACACCUACACCACUGCGGGCCGUGCCGGAGGUGAAACCUGGCACCCGGAGUUCAACUACUUCGGCAUGCAGUGGGUCCAGGUCUCCGGGCUUCCGGACGGCUUCCGGCCCCGCCGGGAUCUGGUCACCGGGCUACGCCUACAAGCAGACGUGCCAGUCGCCGGCACCUUUACCUCGUCGGACGCUCGCCUCAACCGCAUCCAUAAGAUGGUGCGGUACUCAUUUGCGGCCAACAUCAUGUCCGUCUUCACCGACUGUCCGGGCCGCGAGAAGCUCUCGUAUCCGGCCGACUACACCAUGCCCAUGGGCGCCAUCUCCCGCAACUUCCACCUCUCUGCCUUUAUGCGCACCACCAUCCGGCACUUGGCCGAGGGCCAGUCCAUCGCGGAUACGUCCAUGGCCGGCAACGUCGCGCUCAAGACGCCCGUCUACGAUUGGGGAUACAGCGGCCGCUUCGGCGACGAGAUCAACUGGGGCGAUGCCAUCGUGCUCGUGCCCUCCCUGCUGCACGACCUGUACGGCGAUACGACCGUCAUGGCGGCCUACUACGACCGGAUGACGGCUUUCGUCGACUACAUCCAGCGCGAGAAGGUCCAAGGGCACAUCGUCGACGCAGCCCUCGCUGACUGGGUCGAGGACGACAGCCAGACCUCGGGCCGCAUCACCGGCACCUGGGGCUACUAUCUCACCAUCAGAGCCAUGGCCCGCAUGGCCAACAUCACCGGGCACACAGACGACGCCGACCGCUACACGAUCCUGGCCGGCGAGAUCCGCGACGCCUUCAACGACGCCUUCUACAGCGACGCCAGGGGCCUCUACACCAACACCGGCAACAACGGCACCAGCAACGCUACCCAGGCCGCCCAGGCUUUGGCUCUGGAUGCAGGGCUCGUGCCUGAUCAGCGCCACAAGCAAAUCCUUGAUGCCCUGGUCAAGCUCGCAUACGACUAUCCUUCGAGCGACGGCCGAGGGCCACAUCUCAGCGGUGGCACUAUCGGCAUGGGCCCCAUCGUGCGAGCACUGUCGGCCGGCGACCGCGACGACGUGCUCUGGGCAGCGCUUCAGCAGAACGAUAGGCCCAGCUACGGCUACUUCAUGGCCCCGACCGAGGCCAACCCGGGCGGUUUCACCACCAUCGGCGAGGAAUGGAGCCGCAGCGCGUCCAAGAACCACAUGAUCCUUGCCCAGAUCGACGAGUGGUUCCACGCCGGCGUCGCGGGCAUUCGCCCAACCGCUCUGAAUAGCAUCAGCUCCACGUGGGAGGAUCGGCUCGUCUUCCAGCCCAAGCUGAUCGGUGACCUCGAGAGCGCCGCGGGGACCUACCAGACCCCGAAGGGCGAGGCCCGCAGCGAGUGGAAGAGGACAGCCAAGGGGGCCUUCACCCUGAGCGUGACGGUCCCGGCCAACACCAAGGCCGAGGUGCGUGUGCCAGCUAAAGGUGCUGUACAAGCCUCCCGUCGUGCCAAGCGUGUUGGCACUGAUAAUGGCUACGCAAUUUACACUGUCCCCUCCGGCACACAUACCUUCAAGGCUACGAUAGUUGCCUAG